AUGUAUUUGAAUUCAAUUUUCAAAUCUCUAUCUCGUUUCUCAUACAUCAAAAAAAACUUUAGUUAUGAAAACCUCUAGGACGUGGAAAUAAUCACUAGAGAUUAUUGGGGUAGUUUGAGAAACAUUCUAAAAUCAUUUUCAAAUCACAAAAUUAAUUUAACAGAUAUUGAGCCUCUUAAAUUAAGCAGAACACACAAGGGGUAGAAUAUUGUAGUAAAAUUGACAUUUGAAAAGGUUGAAGAUAAAAAGUAUAAUGAAUUGAUAUACGAUUUGCAAUAGAGAUAUGAUUAAGUUCUGAUAAAUAAUGAUAUGUCUGUACCUUCAGUCCCAUGGUAUCCAAGAACAGAUGAAGAUCUAAAAACAAUUGGUACAAUUAUGGAAGUCAAUGAAGAAAAUAAUUAAGAUCAUCCAUAAUUCAAGGAUAUUGAAUACAGAAAGAGAAGAGAAGAAAUUGCAAAACUCUCAUAAGCUCAUCUGGUUGGAGAACCAGUCCCUUAUAUCAAUUAUACAGAGUAAGAGGAAUAAACAUGGAAGAAAAUCUACACAAUAUUAAGAGAAAAGGUUAAUUUAGUGAUGUCUUAAAGAUAUUUGAAUAAUUUUGUGAAAAUUGAAAAUGCUCUUGGAUUCAAAUACAAAAUUCCUUAAUUAAGAGACAUUGAUGCAUACUUAAGAGCCGAAACUGGAUUUAGAAUCAAAGCCACUCAUGGAAUACUUAGUUAAAGAGAAUUCUUAAAUGCUCUUGGACAUAGAGUGUUUUGUUGCACAUAAUAUAUAAGACAUCAUUCAACUCCAGAGUAUACACCUGAACCUGAUAUCGUCCAUGAACUUGUUGGUCAUGUACCACUGUUCGCUGAUAAAGAAGUGGCAGAUCUUUCAUAAGAAUUAGGCAUCUUAUCUUGUGGUGCAAAGAAAUAAGAUCUCAGUAGACUGGGCACUUUAUAUUGGUUUACUCUUGAAUUUGGUGCUUAUAAGGAGAAUGGAUUUAUCAAAGGAUAUGGAGCAGGAAUUGCAAGUUCAAUUGGAGAGUGCGAUCAUUUCCCUAAGGCAAAAUAUGAAAAAUUCGAUCCUUUUAUUCAUGCUGAUCGUAGCUAUCCUAUUCAAACUGUGUAACCUACCUACAUGUACACUGAAAGCUUUGAUGAUGCUAUGCAAAGUUUGAUUAUUUUUGGGAAAAGUCUACAGAAACCCUUUGGUUUGUAUUAUGACUUCAUUGACAAGGAACUUAAAUCAACCAGAAGAAUUAAGACUCAUCUAAAUGAUUAAUGA